AUGUCCGAGAAAGUCGAAACCCUACGAGUCGAUAACGUCCGAUCAGACAAGACUUUGCGAAAUGGAGUCGAAACGUAUGGGAGCGAAAAUGCGGUUAUGAGUUAUGGACAGAAAGGGUUGAAUGAUGCGAGUCUACCGGAUUACCAAGAUGCGGAGGUGAAGAAGAUCAUUAGGAAAGUGGAUUGGAGAUUACCGCCCGUCCUGUGUUUGUUGUACCUGGUGAGCUAUUUGGACCGCUCGAAUAGUGAGUACAUGCAACUGGCCUGGACAGCGCAUCGAAGAAUUUGCUACUGAUUUGAUUCCAAUGCGCAGUCGGAAACGCCAAAAUCGCCGGCAUGACACACGACCUCCACAUGACCGGAACGCAAUACAACAUCGCCCUGACCUGCUUCUUCUUCCCCUACGCCCUGUUCAUGGUCCCCUCGAACAUGGUUCUGAAAGUCGUGAAGCCUUCGCUCUGGAUGGCUUUUCUGAUGAUCUGCUGGGGGACGGUCAUGACCAUGCAUGGAUUGGUGAAGACGUGGGGACAACUUUGCGCUUGCAGGGCACUUCUAGGACUCUGCGAGACGGGCUUCUUCCCCGCAGCGAGUUACUUGCUGACGACGUGGUAUUGUGUGAGUACUGCGGUGACAUGGGAAGGGUCAGAAAAUGGAGAGCUGAUCAAAUUCAUAGCGAUUCGAAUAUCAGACGCGAGUUGCGUGGUUCUUCAGCUCGGCGACGCUGGCUGGGGCUUUCUCUGGGCUGCUCGCAUACGGAAUUGAGCAUAUGGAUGGAGUCGGAGGUGAAGCGGGAUGGAGAUGGAUGUAAGAGUUCGAGAUCGACCACGCGACCAAUCUCUCAUACUGACCAUCUUCGACAGUUUCUACGUCGAAGGAUCGGCCACGGUCGUAAUUGGCUGUGUCAUCUACUUCAUCCUCCCCAACUCUCCCCGAGAGGCAAAAUGGCUCACAGAAGCCGAAGCAGAAACCAUCGAGCGCCGCCUGAAGGAAGAUGCGGGAACGAAAGAUGGCCAGGUGGAUAACCACGACGGGUUCCAACGCUCAUCUCUCAUCCAAACACUGGGUGACUGGAAACUCUGGGUCUGGUCCAUUGCGGUUUGCGGAGACAGUAUUCCUAACUACGCUUUUGGAUUCAUGGCGCCGACGAUCAUUAAAGGACUGGGAUACCAGACAUGGAGAGCGCAGCUUCUGUGUGUGCCGAUUUAUGUGACGGCUUUUAUUGCUACCAUCGUGGUUGCGCUCUGGAGUGAUCGGAGACAAAACCGAUGGCCAUCUGUCUUCUUCCCGUACAGCGUGGCGGCUAUUGGGUUUGUCGCACUGUUGGCGAUCCCGCAUCCGAAGCUGCCAGGACUCACAUAUGCGUUUCUGUUCCUGGUACCGGUUGGAUGUUAGUCCUCCCUCCCUCCUUCUUCCGUCUCCUCGUGGUAGCUAACAUUUACUCGUAGUAUCAUCCGGGCACACUGGUCUACACGCCUGGAUCGCAAAUAAUCUCGCUCCCUCCUGGCGGCGCGCAAUCGGAAUGGCAUUGGUCCCUUGUAUCGGCAACCUCGGCGGCGCAAUCGGAUCGAACAUCUAUCUGGAGCGACAAGCGCCGCGAUACUGGCUGGGCUUCGGCUUCAGUUUGGGCGUCUUGAUCGCCGCUCUGUUUGCCAUUCUCUUCAUGAAGCAGCAGUUGGAGCGAGUGAAUAGACAGAGGGAGAAACUUACGCCGGAAGAUGUCAGAGCGCGAUACACGGAGGAGCAGCUGUUGAAUAUGGGCGACCGAAGCCCGUUAUACCGAUACGUUAUCUAG